CCUGUGUCUGUGCGUGCGCAUGGAUCUACUGCCUCCCUCAUCCCGAUGCUAAAGCAGCUGGCUUAACUCUCUUUCCUUUCCUUUCCUUUCCUUUCCAGCUGUUUCCCCCCUACCCCUCUCCCCCAUUAGCAGAGAUUCCCAGUAAUCCGAUCGAAUUUGGCAAGGGCUGGCCGAGCGUGUCAGAGACUUAACUAAACCCUUGGCAGUCGCACCCCGUUUUUACCUCCCAGGAAAAGUUCUCAGCACUUCCAGGAAAGUUUGCCACUGCAGGCAAGUUUUCAGAACUUAGAAAUCCGCCUAGCAAGCUGGAUGCGUUUGGGUUGAAUUUCCCCCCUUGUAUUCUCUUUCGCCGCGUUCGGUUUUAAUUAAAUGCAGCCAUGGAGCAGCUCAAAAGUCUUUCUGCGAGAGUGUCUCCUUUUUUGAUCCCUGCUGGCAGGCUGAAAACACAUAAAUAUCAAGGCCCUGCGAGUUCCCCAGGCAUUUUCCUGCUUCUAAUCUUCCUGGUGGUUUUGGAAGAGUCGUUUGCAACAGAGCUGCAGAAGACCCAGGAAGACAUGUCCAUACCUGGUCCCAAUCAUGGGGUCACCUUGGGCCUCCAAAAUGGGGCCCUUCCACCUCCACCUCCUCAUCUCCGGAAGAAGCGUUACACGUUGACACCAGGACAUCUGAAAUGGGACCAUUUCAACCUAACAUACAAAAUUCUGUCUUUCCCCAAAAACCUGAUUGGCAAAAGCCAGACCAGGAAAGGACUGACGGCAGCUUUCCGCAUGUGGAGUGAAGUCUCCCCUUUCACCUUUCGUGAGGUGCCAGUGAGUGCCUCCAGUGACCUCACAAUUGGCUUCUACCCCAUCAACCAUACGGAUUGCCUGGAAUCGCAGAUCCAUCACUGUUUCGACGGGACGACGGGAGAGUUAGCCCAUGCCUUUUUUCCGCAAACAGGAGAGAUCCAUUUUGACGAUCACGAGUACUGGAUUGUAGGAGACACCCGAUUCAGCUGGAAAAAGGGCGUCUGGCUGACAGAUCUGGUUCAUGUGGCAGCCCAUGAAAUUGGCCACGCUUUAGGCCUCAUGCACUCCUUGGAUCCCAAUGCCCUGAUGCAUAUUAAUGCUACCCUGACAGGGAAGGAUACCAUCUCACAGGACGAGAUGUGGGGAAUUUACCGGCUCUAUGGCUGUAAAGAUCGACUGUUUAUAUGUCCAUCAUGGAGUCGGAAAGGGUACUGUCAAACGCGCCAACGGUUUAUGCAAAAGCACUGUCCGCACAGCUGUGACUUCUGCUUGGAGUUCCCUUUUCCAACGGUGAUACCAACCCCACCGCCCCCCAGGAUGAAGACCAAGCUUGUGCCAGAGGGCCGGAAUGUUACUUUCCGAUGUGGCCAGAAAAUCAUCCACAAAAAGGGGAAAGUUUAUUGGUAUAAGGAGAAGGAGUUGCUGGAAUAUUCCUAUCCUGGCUACCUUUUUCUGAAUGACGACCACAUGAGCAUCAUUGCCAAUGCGAUCAACGAAGGCACGUAUACUUGCGUGGUGAAGAAAAAGUCCAAAGUUUUGACCACAUAUUCUUGGAGAGUCAGGCUGAAGCAUUAACGCAGACGGUCUGCCAGGACUUACAGACCCUGAAUCGUUUUGCUUUAUGUGGGCCCUCUUUCCCACCUCUGUUUCCAUACUUCACUUUCAACAGCGGGUCCUCACUUGCAAAAACCAGCUUUCCAAGACGGCCUCUUCCAGAAGGAGACGAGUACAAAAAUACUGGUUUCUCCCCUGCAUUUCCCAUCGUUCCUAUCCUUGGCCAACUCGUUGGGACGAUGGGAUGUGUAGUCUAUGUCACAGGGGGAGGAGAAAUUGGCUACGAUGCUGAGAUAAAAGAGCUGCUUGUUUUUUUAAACCCCCGCUAAUAUUCUUUAGGAACCAUUUUACACCUAUAUUUUCAGCCACUUCCUGCGGCAAUCUGGAGCUUGAUGCUCUGUCACCGAUGGGGUUAUGGUUAUUUUAUUAGAUUUGCAUUUCCCUCUCUCCUCAAGCAGCUCAAGAUGGCAUAUGUAACACCCCUCCUCCAUUCCCCCCCCCAAUAAAAAGUCUGUGGGGUAGGCUGGGGACAAGCGGUCUCUUAAGAGCAGAGGUACAAUGAGAACCUUAGCCAAGGCCUUAAUUAUUCUACAAUUCAGUGAACAAUCCCAAGCAUAUAAUGAGCUCCUGUGCCACAUUAUUUCCACAGAACUGACGUGAAAGUUUGCAUGUUUCAUAUGCUGCGUAACACUGAAAAUUAUAUACUCCCCCAAGUCACAAGCUAGACUUCCUGCCUCUUUUAGGGAGCUGAGUCAAGAACAGAGGACCUAAAACAAGAAUUCCUGCGUUAAACCUUUGCAUCUGUUGUGCAUUUUUUUUUUAUUCGGGUCAACGAACUUGAAAGAAUUUGCUAGCCUGGGUAUAGCUUCUGGAAAGCUACAGCACAGUUGAUCCUGAAGGAAUUCCACCAAUGAAUCACCCUCGUCCUUCGGCUCAAAUAAAGCACUUCCAUACUGGUA